UGUGCACCUACUGGGUUACCUGGACAAUGGGAACUGUUUUUUGUUCUGAGGACCAAAUUUUAGAACUGCUGCUCUAGACUGAAACACAGGGCACAAACUACAGAGAUUUAUAUCUAAGACUCCCAUGUAUAUAAGAAGUUUGUGUUUUUUCCCCCUAAAUGCAUCAUAAGAUAACUUGGAUGAACAUGUUUUGGCUGUGAUUCAUGCACACGCUCCCACAGCCAGAUGGGAGAACUCCUUUGCUAAUUCUGUGUAUAAAAUAAUAAUGCUGACAUUCUCUUAACAGCUUUUUAAAUGACCAAAAAAAUAAAAAUAAAUCACAGAAACUCCUUCACCUCCAGGAAUUCAUGAGGGAGUUGGGUCCAGGAGAAAAGGCAUCUUUAUAUACAGUAAGAGUUCCAUGAACCUCCCCCCAGACAAGGCACGACUCCUGCGCCAAUACGACAACGAGAAAAAAUGGGAUCUCAUCUGUGACCAGGAACGGUUUCAAGUGAAAAAUCCGCCACAUACCUACAUCCAGAAACUUCAAUCUUUUUUAGAUCCGGGUGUUACACGAAAGAAAUUCAGAAGACGAGUCCAAGAGUCUACUAAAGUACUGCGUGAACUGGAAAUAUCGCUACGGACCAAUCAUAUAGGGUGGGUGCGGGAGUUUUUAAACAAUGACAACAAGGGCCUGGAUGUUUUGGUGGAGUAUCUCUCAUUUGCACAGUGUGCGGUUAUGUUUGAUUUUGAGGGCAUGGAAAAUGGGGAGGAUGGCUUGGUUGAAAAGUCCAAACCCUGGAGCAGAUCCAUCGAGGAUCUGCAGAAUCCCAACACCCUCCCUGCCCCUUUCACCAACGGCCUCGCUCGCUCUGCCCGCCAGUCUGUGCUCCGCAGCUACAAUACAUUACCAGGAAAGAAGGCUUUGAAGAACUCUCGAUUGGUCAGCCAGAAGGACGACGUACACGUGUGCAUCAUGUGUCUCCGUGCCAUCAUGAACUACCAGUAUGGCUUCAAUCUAGUAAUGUCCCAUCCUCACGCAGUCAAUGAAAUCGCUCUUAGCUUGAACAACAAGAAUCCAAGGACUAAAGCUUUGGUCCUGGAAUUACUGGCUGCCGUGUGCCUGGUCCGAGGAGGACAUGAAAUCAUUCUGUCGGCAUUUGACAACUUCAAAGAGGUCUGCAAGGAGAAGCAUCGCUUUGAGAAGCUCAUGGAGUAUUUCCGGAAUGAGGACAGUAACAUUGAUUUCAUGGUUGCUUGUAUGCAGUUUAUUAACAUUGUUGUCCAUUCUGUGGAAGACAUGAACUUCCGUGUCCAUCUACAGUUCGAGUUCACCAAGCUAGGCCUUGAGGACUUCCUGGAGAAGUCUAAACACACCGAGAGCGAGAAACUGCUGGUGCAGAUUCAGGCCUAUCUAGACAAUGUGUUUGAUGUUGGAGGCUUGCUGGAAGAUGCUGAGACUAAGAAUGUUGCACUGGAGAAAGUAGAGGAGCUGGAGGAACAUCUGUCACAUAUGACUGAAAAGCUGCUAGAUUUGGAGAAUGAGAACAUGAUGCGGGUGGCAGAACUUGAGAAAACCCUAUUACAGCGAGAAAAGGAGCUGGAGAUCAUUAGGGAGACUUAUGAGAACACAAGCCACCAGGUGAACACACUAAGAAAAAUCAUUAAAGAAAAGGAGGAAGCAUUUCAGCAUCUCCGUCAGCUUGAGCAAGCUAAUGCCUUCCAGCAGCACAAACAGGGACCUCCUGGGACUGCUCUUCCAUCUGUUGGAGUCCCCUGUGGAGAUAUUUCUUUGAUCGCAGACUUCCCACCACCCCCGCCUCCACCUACUCCAGCUCCCGCACCUGCAGCACCGCCUCCACCUCCUCCUCCACCUCCGCCGCCACCCCCUCCACCCAUGCCAAACAAAUGUCCUCCCCCACCUCCUUUUCCAUUCUCUUCUCCUUCGGUCAUCCUCACCAGUGGUUUAUCGGCAAUCCGAAUCAAGAAGCCGAUAAAAACAAAGUUCCGCUUGCCUGUGUUUAAUUGGACGCCAUUAAAGCCCAAUCAGAUUAGUGGCACCGUGUUUAGUGAUCUAGAUGAUGAGCGGAUCUUGCAGGAUCUGGAGAUGGAUAAAUUUGAAGAACUGUUUAAAACCAAAGCCCAGGGAACUGCCAUUGACCUGACCUGCCCUAAGACCAAAUCUUCCCAAAAGUCUAUCAGCAAAGUUACUCUUCUAGAGGCAAAUCGAGCCAAGAACCUAGCCAUCACUCUGAGAAAAGCCAGCAGGACCACAGAGGAGAUCUGUAAAGCCAUCCAAACCUUUGACUUGCGGACGUUACCAGUGGAUUUUGUGGAGUGCCUGGUGCGUUUCCUUCCUACAGAUGCAGAACUUAAGUUGCUGAGACAGUAUGAGAAGGAGAGAAAGCCACUUGAAGACCUCUCUGAUGAAGACAGAUUUAUGAUGCACUUCAGUAAAGUGGAACGUCUCUCCCAGAGGAUGUCCAUCAUGACGUUCAUGGGCAACUUCAGUGAGAACCUACAGCUGCUAACGCCGCAACUGAAUGCAGUCAUUGCAGCCUCUGCUUCUGUCAAGUCCUCUCCGAAGCUGAAGCAAAUGCUGGAGAUUAUCCUUGCCUUAGGCAAUUACAUGAACAGCAGCAAAAGAGGGUCUGUGUAUGGGUUCAAACUGCAGAGCUUGGACUUGCUCCAAGACACCAAGUCAACAGACAGGAAGCUGACCCUGUUAAACUACAUUGCAUUGAUUGCCAAGGAAAAGUAUCCCGAAGUGGCCAAUUUUUACAACGAGCUACACUUUGUGGAGAAGGCAGCAGCAGUGUCUUUAGAAAAUGUUCUGUUGGAUGUAAAGGAGUUGGGGAAGGGGAUGGACCUGAUUCGGAAGGAAAGCAGUCACCAUGACAACAGCGUCCUGAGGAACUUUGUGAGCACAAAUGAAGGGAAGCUAGACAAGCUUCAGAAGGAUGCCAGGACCGCAGAGGAAGCAUAUGCAGCUGUGGUGCACUACUUUGGAGAAAGUCCAAAGACAACGCCGCCCUCUGUCUUCUUUCCAGUAUUUGCCCGUUUCAUCAAAUCAUAUAAGGAGGCCGAUCAGCAAAAUGAGAUGCGGAAGAAGCAGGAGGAGGUUCUAAGAGAGAAGUUAUUAGCUCAAGAGGCAAAGAAGAUGGAUCCAAAGUCCCCGAUGCAGAAAAAUAAGCGACAGCAACACGAUUUGAUAGCAGAGCUGCGGCGGCGGCAGGCCAAGGACCACCGACCGGUGUAUGAAGGAAAGGAUGGAACCAUUGAGGACAUAAUCACAGUCCUGAAGAGUGUCCCCUUCACAGCCAGAACAGCCAAGAGAGGCUCUCGGUUCUUCUGUGAUACUUCCCUAUUUGAGGAUUCAAACUGUUAAGCCCUUUGCCUUUUAAACAGUAUGUAAAGACCUCCGCAGUCAGCCCUAUAGACGCGCAGAUGCAGAUCUCCGGAAUGCCUGGCGACGGAUCUAGUACUGCCCCUUUCAGAAGUUAGAAUGGGCUGGCUGUGUAUUGCUCCUUGGGGCAGUAGAAUUAUAAGACUUUGCAGAUCAUUCUGCACUUCUCCCUCCAUUACACAUUUUAAAGGAAAUGAAGAAAGCCGGGAUACUUUCCGAAAGAAAAAGUGCCUUAUUGUUACAGUAUUAUAGAACUAUUUUUUCUUUUACUAUUUAUAUAUUUUUUUAAUAUUUUAUGUCAAAAGUGUAAAUAUUUUUGUAAUUUUCUUUGCCGAACCAAUGCUGGCUGCUGUAGCCGAUAUUUGUUGCAAAUAAGUGCCUUGUAAGUGCCUUGGCCAUUUGUCAUGUUUUGGGAUGUUAUAAGGGAGGGGAAGAAAAUAAGAAAUGUGCCAAAUUUUUCAGAUUUCUGCAGAAAGUUGUAAGAAAGCCAAGUAUUUGUUUAGAAAGAUCCUGUUUAAUGGUUUUUCUAGGAAGGGAAACAAAGCAGGUGUACAAACUAAUUUAAAGGGAAUGGUUAUGAUGUUAGUAGGACAGUCUGGUGAGGCUAUGCACCAGGCAUAGAGAGAUGCUGCCCCUACUGGUGAGUAAGUGCACCAAGAGCAGAGAGACUAUGCCCCAUCUGGUGAGGAUGUGCACCAGACAGAGAAAUACCACCACUUCUGGAUGUGCCCGGGGAACAAAGAGAUACUGCCCCAAUUGGUGAGGCUGUGCACCAGGCACAGAGAGAUACUACCACUAAUGGUGAGGAUAAGCACCAAGCUUGCCGAGAUGCUGCCUUACAGGUGAGGAUAAGCACCUAGAGAGAGAUGCUGCCCCUACUGGUGACUAUGUGCACCACGCUUUGCAAGAUACUGCCCCUACUGGUGAAUAUGUGCACAGAGUUAGGUGGCCCCUAGUGGUGAGGAUAAGGACAAGUCUUGGCUAGAUGCCUCCUUUACUGGUGAGGACGGUCACCAGGAUUUGCGAGAUGCCACUCCUACUGGUGAGGAUGUUCACCAAUUUCAGAGAUAUGCUGCCCCUAGUGGUGAGCAUGAGCACCAGGCUUAGCUAGAUGCAUUACCUACUGGUGAGGAUGAUCACCAGGCUUAGCGAGAUGCCACAUCUAUUGGUGAGGAUGUGCACUAGGCGCAGAGAGAUUUCAUACUGAGUCAGGACACACACAGCUUCGCUCUUGCCUGCGAAGGAUAGCCUAGUAGUGAAUUAAGUAAUAGCCUGCUCACACUGCCUUCCGUGUCAUGCUAUCUGUAUGUUUAAAGUCUACCUUACAGCUUACUGUUAGCAUUGCUUUUAUUAUGCUGCCAUAUACAGAAAAGUAAAUGCAAGGACAUGCCUACCUACUUGCUUUCAAGUUACAGCUAACUGUGGAGAACUGUAACAGUAUAUUUUCCUUUCACUUCGAGGAGGAAAGAGAACAUUCAUCAGGAUUAGGCCAAUGUCCUGUAACUGGAAUCUCCCAUAAUCACCAGUAUGACAGAGUGGUUACAGCUAUGGAAGAGAAGUAGUUAGUAUGCUGCUUGUGUAUAGUAAGGUAUAAUAAAAGUAAUGCUUUCAGUUUGUAAUAAAUUGGCCAUCUAUCUCCAUGAAUAACUAUGACAGACCUUACAUGGUUUUUGGUCUUAAGCAGUGAUAUUUCCAGGCUGCACGCAACAUUUUUUUAUUGUCCUAUAUCAAGAUAUGUAUAUGUCUUUUAUCUAUAGUUGAACUGAGGGUCUAACAGAGCCAUCCCAUUCCUACCUAUACAUACUUCACAGUGAAGUUUUUUCUUUAUAUUUCGGUAGGUUUGGGAUUUGGAUAAUAUUGUGACUUGAUGUGAUACCCCUACAUUUCUGUCUAUGAGGUGAUGAUGCCUCCUCCUUUUUUUUUUAUUUUGCUGAUAAUUUAUUUUUUAAAUGUCCAAAUGGGGAACUUAAUAUGUACAGUCUUAUCACAGGUUACCCACCUGGUCUGUGGUUGCCUGGGCAUUCUGUCUGGUAGUGGACAAUCCGCUUUGUGACAGCAGUUGCCAACGUCCUAUUGUCAGUUUGCUCCGUUCAUAAGAAGAAUUAUUGUGUUCUAUUGUAGAGCCAAAUGAGGAUUAGUUUAGUAAUUGAGAAAAGAGAGUGACAAUUUAAUAUAAAUGACAGGUUUUGCAUUUUUUAACAAGGAGAGUGACUGCGUUUUAUCGUGGAGGACCUGUCGGUGUAAUACAGUGGCCAUAGCAAACUAGAAACAAUGGUAUUUUAUGUAUCGGAACCACGGCCUCUUUCUCAGACUCUCUGUGACAUUCCAUGUUUUCCUGAUCUUGCAAAAUAUAACCUUGUGUCAGACGUUCCAGGGACCACGCUGCCAUGUCUUUAUAUGGUUCUUCUCUGCCAGAUUCUCAGUGCAGGAACUCUGCAGUCAGUCAUGUGACAUUUGGUAUAUCACCCAAUAGAAGCAAGGCACUUAUAUCCUAGAGGUAGUGAGUACAUGUAGUGAGGCUGGCAUAAAGUGGAAUGUUUCUGAUAAGUGUUUUUGGAAGCGCUUGUAUCCGUGAACUUGUCACUAGGUAAUAACAGAAGUGAGCAAAGCUGAGCUGACUACAUUUUAUACUCCUUUUAUGUAUGCAGUGACAAGGCUGCCCCUUCACCUUUCCUGUGGCGGGCAGUAACUACAUUCUGUAGACCUGCACCUUCACCUCCAGCUGGAUAAAGUGCCAGCUCACAGGGUGACUUAUCCAGAGCAUACACUACAGCAGCAAACCCUCUCUGCUCAUUCCAUUGUUUUAUGCAAUUUGCAACCUGUUUUAAAAUGUGUUUUACACACUUAUAGUUUUAUUUUGUGUAUCAGAACAUGGAAAUGUCUGUGUUUGUCAGGUCUUUGUCCCAGAAAUGACAUUCUGUGACAAUUUAACUUAUUAUAAUUAUUAUUAAGCUAGCCAAGUCCAGAACAAUAUAAAGGCUGUAGUACAUGGCCAGCAUAUACACAGAAGAGCAUAGAGGCCAACUGCAACAUAUCUCUAUUUUCUGGUAUCACUCAUGUAUGAAUCUGUAUCUAUUGUGCAUGUAACAUACAUUCCCAGCCUCCUCCAUGGCUAGAGGAAGCCCCCAGCUGCGUGGUGCAUAGACUCUGGCCCUGGAGGGGGCCCCAGUGCCUAUUCUCAGUGUAUUACUCCUGUACAGUACAUUAUUUCUGAUGUAAGAAGCCAGUACUUGUUUGUGACAGGUCCUUCCUUUGACUUAUUGUCAGAUUUCAGGAAAUUGUUUAGUGCUCUCUGUAAUUGUGUUUUAUUUUGUCAACAAUAAAUGAGCAGAGCGCUAUCA